UUGCACACAUUUAUUUGAUUAGAAUCAUUGCGUUGGUGUUUUAAAGUGGUGCAAAGCAAGAAGCCAAAAUGCAGAAACUGAUUGUCGUAUUGGGUCUUGUCAUAUUGGGUCUUGUGGCUAUUCUAUCCUUUGCUUCAGCCGAAGUCAACUGUCCUGAAGAAAACGAAAACAGCACAGCCACGUAUUUCCCUCAUGAGACCGAAUGCGGAAAGUUCUACGAGUGUCAUAAUGGAGAAGCCGCCCUCCUUGAUUGCGCUCCCGGAAGUUAUUGGGAUGCAAGAUUGAACGUUUGUAAUACCGAUGUAAAUUGUGGUGACUUGCUGACCUCCACCGCACCCCCACCAACAACAGCAGAAGAUACAGACGAUUAACUAGAGAAACAAAACUGAUAAUUGAACGAUAAAAUAAAGAAUAUGUGUUAACA